UGUGGGGAGUUCUAGUUUGGUUCUAGCUGAUUGACUGCUGAAAAUUCCAGAGAGUGCGAGAUGGAGGUCGUCGAAUCUAAGGGCGUGACUGUGGAUAACCCACAAUCCUGCGAUGUCGGAAGAGAGAAGAUUGCAAAUAGUAUGUAUAUGGCUUCUUUGUGAAGUUUUCUGUAGAAAUUUCGCUAUUGCUAGGUGAGGACGUCUCUGCUACUGGAGAUGCAUGGAUUGUAUGAUAUGAGCUUCUCCGACAUUGUUAUGCAGUCUUGACGAGAUCUUUCUAAGCUUGUGGCGUAUCAAGCUGUUUGGGAUUCUGUUGCGGAAAUCGUUGUAGAUGACACAAUCAGCCCAAUUAAAAAACUAUAUCAUAGUUAUUAGAAAAUAGAAUACUCCUCUAUCUGGUACUGGUCACGAGGAAGUAUGUUACAAAACACUGAAACGAAUUCCCUAUCUUGUUCAUAUCUGAACUCCAAUGUGGAGAGGCAGUUCUAACGCUAGAGUGCAAAGGCAUCUUAGGGUUCGCAAUCUGGAACGUCUGAUAGAAGGGGUUGAAACUUAAUUGAAUAUUGUGAUGCAUCUAUGCAAUGAAAGAUGAUACUGGACAGGGAACACUUUUCCGAACAAGGAGAGAAUGAAGAUAGAGAGCAUAACAUAAACUCAGUGCUUAGAGAUGACGAUCUCCAAGCUGUCUUGGCAAAAGUAAGCCUAUCUUCUGAUAGAGACGCAUGUGCACUGGUGUGCAAGCGAUGGAAGGCUAUACAAGACAGUAAUAAGAAGAGCAUGCGCUUGCGCGCAGGACCUGUCAUGCUGGAGAGGAUUGCAGCUCGUUUCUCAUCCUUGACUAGCCUUGAUAUGUCACAAAAUUCUGAAUUCCCAGGCUGGAAGGAUUCAAAUCUCAGUUUAGUUGCCCAAAGCUUCAGUCGCUUGGAGCGUCUAAAUAUAAAUAACUGCAAAGGAAUCAGUGACAAGGGCCUAACAGCAAUUGGUCAGAAGCUUUCAAGUUUACAGUGGUUGGAUGUUUCUGGCUGCAAACAAAUUACAGAUCUGGGAGUGGAGCAUAUUGCAAGCAGAUGUCAUGGUUUGCGGGUUCUCUAUCUUAGUCGUUGCAAGCUCAUCACAGAUAAUUCGCUUGCUGCUCUUUCACAAUGUCGAUUCUUAGAGAACCUUGUCUUGCAAGGUUGUACCAACAUAGGUGAUGAUGGGCUCAUCAGGCUCUCAGAGGGGUGUUCUUCUCUACAGGUCUUGGAUUUGGCUAAAUGUGGGAAAGUAGGUGACAUUGGGGUCAAGAGCAUCGUUCAUGCAUGCUCAACAUUUCUACAUACCUUGGUGUUGGAAGACUGCCCACAAGUUGGUGAUGUUGGUGUGAUAGCAGCUGGAGAGUGCUGCCAGUCUUUACAUACUCUACUGCUUGGUGGUUGUCGACUUUUAAGUGACUUUGCUCUUGAUGCUUACUUCAGAAGACACACCAACCUUACCAACUUACAAGUUGAGUUUUGCAUGAAGUUGACUGACAAUGGCAUUAAGGUUGUAUUCGCAAAUUGCCCUUCCUUGGAAGUUUUGGAUGUCAGAUGUUGCUUCCUACUUACAGACAUGUGCUUUGAGACUCUCAGGCUAGGUGAGAACUGCAUAAAAGAACUAAGAAUCAGUGGAUGUUGCGGUAUAACUAGUGAGGGAGUUAAGAAAGUGGCAGAGUCGUGUCCACAAUUGACUUUCAUAGAAGCCAAAUAUUGUACACAUAUUUCCACUAAUACCAUUGUUUCUAUAGCUUUUCUUGAUGGUUGUCGAGUCGUUUUAGACAAAGAAACCCUAUUGUUCUAGAUUGAUUUUGGAACCAAAAUUAUUGAUCAUGUUCGCAUAAUGCAUAUGAUCAUCAUAGUGGUGUUCUAUUUCGUAGGGAGGAUCCAAAAAACAGUGUCAUAUGAAAAUUUGAGUGGGAAAGUUCCGACUUUUUUAGUUACUGCAAUCGAUUACAUGGUGCAGAUUUUGUUG